UUAUAAUUUUAUGUAUAUGCAGGAAGAUUGGGUUUUGUGUAGGGUGUUCUACAAAAACAGAGAAGUUGCUACAAAACCAAGCAUGGGUAGUUGCUAUGAUGACACAGGAUCUUCAUCACUUCCAGCAUUAAUGGAUUCUUACAUAAGUUUUGAUCAAGCUCAAUUCCAUACAGAUGAAUUUGAGCAAGUGCCCUGCUUCUCCAUUUUUUCUCAAAACCAAACAAACCCUAUCUUCAACCAUAUAACAACCAAUAAUAUGGAACCAAAAUUACCUAUAUCCAACAAUAACAAUGCAACUACAUUUGGAGAAGCACCUUAUAGUUUAGACCCUUUAUCAUGUGAUAGAAAAGUUUUAAAAGCUGUUUUGAGUCAACUCUCAAAAAUGGAAAGAAACCCUAUUAAUAAUCAAAUUCUAAAAGGGUCAUCACCAAGCUUAGGAGAAGGAAGUUCUGAAAGUUACUUAUCUGAUGUGGGUAUGCCCCACAUGUGGAACAAUUACUAAUGUGGUUUACUUCACUCCUAUUUCAAAUUUCUUGGUUUGGCUUUCCUCAAGUUUAAGAAAUCGGAUUUCUACGGAUGUUGCAUUACUCACUCCAUCCCAAAAUAUAAACAAAAAGUGGUCAACCAAAAUGGAUGUAUUUGGUUAAAAAUUUAGUUUAAAUACAUCCACUUUGAUUGACCAUUUUUUACUUAUAUUUUGGGACGGAGGAAGUACCAUACUGCAACAAUGGUAGAGAAUUUAGGUCUCGUGUUAAACUACGUAGGUGAAAAGGAAUCUGAAUCCUCUACAACUGCAAUUGCAAUAUGAUGAUGUAACGUAUUCAAUUUCGAUGAAAAGUUACACGGUCAAAAAUAGGAGUAUUGAAGGGGAGAAGAGGAAAUCCAUUGUUUUAAGUCAUGAUAAUAGUAUCUAAAUAUUUUUCUCAUGCUGUUAGCUAUUGAUAUAUAAAUAUCUAUCCACAUGAUAUGUCCCAUUAUAUUAGAAAAAUGGGACUUUGUAAUUGGAACUUAUAAAUUGGUAGUUCAUUUUAGU